AUGAGCAAAGCACCAACUGAGAUUGAUGCAUGGAUCAAUGGAACAAAGUUAUUUCCUGAUAACAUGGUAUUACAAGAAACAUUCACAAAGUAUUUCCAACCUGAAUUACAAGAGUAUUUUCAUGAGAACAAGCAUUCGUUUGGGUCAUUAAUUUUAGAGAAUCAAAAAAAUGUACAACAAAUUCUAAAACAAUUAACAAUACAACCAGACAAUACAAAAUGUCAGGAUAGUGAGUUAGAAUCUUCAGUUGAAACAAUAACGAGCAUUAUUAAAGAAGAAAUAAAUAAAUGUCACAACCAAAUAGAGAAGUUGUAUGAACUAAACAUCAUUACAGAAAAUGAAUAUACAGAAUAUUGUACAUAUCUGAAUAGAAUGAAAGAAAUGAACAAUGAAUCGCACGAGAAUAUCAAUGGAAUAACAAAAUUUGAAGAUGAUGAAAAGAAAUAA